CUGAUUGUGAAGCAGGAACUGGCUACCAGCUGGGGUCCCCCCAAACUCAUCUGCUUUCUACUCAUUUCUCUCUCACUGCCGACAACUGACCCUGUAAUGCUGAUGAAUGUCUAAAGCUUGUCUGGUUCAUUUCUCAUCUCUCAUCCCCUAUAUCAUCAUCAUCAUCACCCCCUGAAUAUUCAUGAAUGUGUGACUUUAACUGAGUGGGAAUUCAUUUUCAUUGCUCGUUAUAUUGUCUGAAAGUCGUAAUGAGCAACACUCCCAUUAAAUCGCUGAAGGACCAGGAGGUGUUUGUCCCAUGUACUUUCUCGGACUUCAGCAAAGAAAAACUGGAUCUGAACCUUCUUUCUGUCCACUGGAUCCGGAAAACCUUAAAUGGAAGUGACGAAGUUUAUCUGUAUGUGUCUGGGACUCACACCCCCACCCGGCCGGGAUCCUACAUAUCAGACAGUGAGAUUAUAAGAGGCAAUGUGGCACUUCACUUACCCCGGGUUCAGUUCACAGAUGAAGGAGAAUAUACCUGCACUGUCUUUUAUACCCCUAAUAAACAAUGGGGACAUUCUACUCUGCAGGUGUCAGUGCAACCAACUGGCAGUUUGCAACCUCCUGCUGGCAGUGUUCUGAUUGGAACGGAGAAGAGAGUUCAAUGUGAAGCCAAUGGGUUUUACCCCAAAGAUAUAACAAUUCAGUGGGUGAAACGGCUCAGUGAGACCAACUGCAUCUCUCUGGAUAAGGACAGUUGUACUGGAGACACAUCCGGGAAUGAGGAUGGAACGUUCAAUGCUAUAAAUCAUCUGACAAUAAGUCCAUCACUGGAGGAUGAUGGGAGAAGGUAUUUGUGUAUCAUUAAGCACAGAUCCCUGGAGAAUGAACUGAAACUCAAUUUCACUCUCUCAGUAACAGAGCCCCCCCAUGAAUAUAAGACACUUAUUGCAGCUCUGGUUGGGACAUUUCUUGGAGUUUUAUUUCUAGGUCUCUGUUACUUUCUCUACUGGAAAUUCUUGAAGAAAGAGCCCCCCAAACUCUCUCCCAUUACGGGAGCAGAAGAUUUGGUGCAUAUGAACAAGGCGACUCUGUCCUGCCUGAUCUCCGAGUUCCGACCCAAACCCAUCAGAAUUACAUUGUGUUUGCAAAGAAAUGGGGGAGAAGAGAUGGAAAUUGACUCCUGGGAUUCGGGGACACAAACGGUUCAGAGUGCAAAGAGAGGGAAACAAUCUGAGGCUAUUGUGUUAGAAGAGCGAGAAGGGUUAUUGAUAAAUGGGGAGGCUAAUCUGCCCCCAGCACAGAGACCUCUGCAAGUGGAAAUGGUUAUUGUAAUAACAACAAGUAAAUUCCUAAUAUCCAGCUGUCAGUGCACAAUCCAUAUAACUCCAGACAUAGAGGAAGAUGAUGGAGCAGAACUGACUGUGAGGGUCACUCACUCUGCCCUGAGACUCCCAGAUUCUGUGUCCUGUCCUCUGAAGGUGAAUGGAGUAAAACCCAAAUUAUCUGAGAUCGUAUCUCCUCCCUGUAUUAUCCGUGGGGAACCUCUGUAUCUAAUCUGUGAUAUCAAUGGCUUCAAGCCAAAGCCGCUCUCUAUUACUUGGCUGAAAUUGGAUUUCAAUGGUCGGGAAACAGAACUUCUCUGCUGGAAUCGUGGCACAACCAGUGAGUCUGAAUAUUCCCAUCAGUUAUGUGAGACCAACAAUGAAGACCAAUCGAACAGCUUUCUGAGUAUUCUGACAAUGAAGCCAACUUUGCAGGACCAUAAAGCAACAUUUAUCUGCAGAACUCACCAUUAUGCAACGGAAUCCCGGGCAGAGAAAAAUAUGCAAAUGUUGGUUUCAGUUGUCCCAACUAUGGAUCCCAUAAACAGGAAUCAUCCAAUUCUAUUUGUAAACGAAACUAUGGAAUUCUUCUGCAAAAUCCAUUCCUUCCACCCAGAAACCUUGGAAGUUGACUGGUAUAGGGACGAUGAGCACUUGUCAUCACACAAUGGUCCAGCACUCCCUGAUAACAAUGGGUUGUUCUAUUGUUCCAGCCGUAUAACCUACACCCCUUGUGUGAGGGACAUUGGCAAGAAGUUCAGGUGUGAGGUCUCUCAUCAGAGUCUGCAAAAUCCUAAGUGUGUUUUCUGGAAAUUGAAAUAUCUGAUAAGUGAGCCGAGUGUAAGUGCCAUAAAGUGUGACCCUGAGGUUCCUGAGUGCAACCAACCUGCAACAUUAUCCUGUACUAUAGAGAAAUUAUACCCUGAAAAGUGCACCAUCCAGUGGUAUCAGAGGCAGAAAAUCAUUGAAUCAACUACAAACGUCAUUAAGAAAGACCCAGAAUCAGAACUUUAUACAAAAAACACAGAAAUGCAGUUCAUUCCCACUAUGAGCCACCAUGGGGUGGAAUUCCACGUGGACAUAACUCAUAAAAAAAAGACUAUUAAGAGGUCAUUUACCAUGAAACUGAAAGAUCUGCCUGAUGUUACAGAAGUGACUUACAAUAAGGAGGAGAACAAACCCGGGAAGCCUGUGACUCUUACCUGCCAGCUGAUUGGCUGUAAUGCCCAACACUUCACAGCUCAAUGGCAAGUGGGAGGAGCUCCGAUAGAGAAGGAAAUGAGAGCAGAAACCCAAACAGGACCGGAUUCCGUCUCCUUUCUCCUCACAUUGAUGCCUACGGCAGAGCAUUAUGGGAAAUUAUUCACCUGCCUCCUUAGGUACAAGGAUCUACCUCAACCGAUUAAGAAAUCGAUAUAUCUAGAGCAGCCGCUGGAUAUCCAGAAUUAGUGGGAAUAUCAUGGUAAAACAAAGAGAGAACUCAAGGAACCAAGAGGGGCACCAAGAAUUUCCUGGAUAAGAGGCUGUUAAUGAGCCAUUUCCUAUUUGUAAGGCAAAUCCUGAACUAAGAAUUGGGCUACUUAGUCAUGGGCCAUGGCAUAAGAGAAACCCUUAUCAGACACUGGAUUUACGGAGCAUCUCUUCCUAUUACUUGUUUGGCGUGUGGGCCUUCAUCUACUGGUCUCCAUAAAAGAUCAUCACAUGUAGUUUGAAACCUCUGCCAAGGGAACAUUUCCUUGAGGUCUCAUUUUAAAGGGAGAUUUUAAAGGGAUCUCAGAGGCAUUGAAUGUUCCGGUUAUUUGCUGAUGACUGAGUGAAGGGAAAACAUUCAGUAAAGUAGAACUCCGCCAUAUUUCUUGGCAGCUUGAGCUCUUCUAGGUUCUGUUUAACUUGAGUCGCCAUUAAAAAGAAGGGCAUCUGGUAGAGAUUUUCGGUUUUUGAGGGAAGGGAAACAAUUCCUAGUUAAUACAACAAUAUAUUGGGGUCACUGUGGCUCUUUCUCAUUGGGACCCUGCACAUGUAACCCAUGGUGCCAGUGGGUGUUUGUGGGGUUCCUGUAGAUAUAAAAUAGAUAUUCUGUAUAGAUAUGUCAGUAUUACUGUAUUUUAUCUGCUGCCGUUUGUGUUCUGAAAACUCCCAGCAGGGAAAUGGCAGACAUUUUAAAAGCUACAUUUACACUACCCAGGAGGAAGCAGAGACAACCUGGACCAAUAGUAAAAGCUGGGGGUUUCUGUUAUCAAGGCUGUGAUUGGCUGAGACUGGAUGAUGAAGCAGGACGAUGAAUGUUUGGGAGAUGCUGUGUUUUUGGGAUGGAAUAUUCAUACAUCAAAUAGACUCGACAAAAUCACACACUAGAAGGCUGAUUUCUUUUCACAAGGACAACUACACAAAUGGACACACACUGAUUGUAGGUAUUGGCACCCAUACACAAUCCUACAACACAGUAACAGGCGCCAAUGCACCCCUUCUCCCUGCCAGUGAUUAAGCUUCUGGAGUUGGGGUCCAAGCUCAGGGGGGUCAUGCUGGGAAUUGGGGUCCAAGCUCAGGGGGGUCAUGCUGGGAAUUGGGGUCCAAGCUCAGGGGGUCGUGCUGGGAAACUGUACAAAUGUGAUUGAAGUCAGACUCACGGGAGUGAUAGUAAAGUAUCUACUGUAUGUAUUGUGUGAGCUGCAGAUACACAUUCUAUUUGUGUGAGUGUAAGAGUUUCAAUGACACACACCCUCUGUAUCACACAAUAUACUGUAUAUGUGCCCUGGGGGGUCAUGUUGUGCCCAAUGGAUCCCUAAAUGAAAAAAACUAGUGUUAUAGAAGACCCCACAUCUUUCUAAAAUGACUAAAUUCGAUGUGACUGAGCAAAGCAGAUGUGUAUUAACUGCGAAUUAACCCUUCAAUAUUGCUGUGAUCUAAACACACACUUACACUUACACACCAGUCUCUCGUCCAAUCGUGUUGCACCUUUCCUCACCCAAAGGAAACACCGCUCUCCUGCACUUUAGGGAUAUGAAUGGUUUACACCAAAACAACCAACUUCUGCUCACUGUGUGUUAUUAAAAGUAUUUAUUUUCUCUACUAAUGAAUAUGUUGAAUUGAAAUAUAUAUUUUUGUGCAUUUUAUUAAACUUUUUUACCAAAAUAAGGCAGUUUUAAGGGUAGUUUUGUAACGUCACUUAACAUCUUUGUGUUACUGGCCAAUAAAAAUCAC